GGGAGUUAAUUAUUUCUGAUGAUCCCAGAGGUCUUUUCCAGUCUUAAAGAUUCUUUGAUACUUGGACAGCUAGACUGAAAAUGCCUGUACUAUAUACGUCCACUGGCUAACAGCUUGGUAACCACUGAGCUAUGGCAGAGUUGUCCACAGUUAUCUAAAAGUUGGUACUCCCUUGGGUGAAGAAGCUGUGCUGAGUCUGUAGCAGGCUACCUUGAGUGAUGUUGUAGGAGGGGAAGAUAUAAAAGGUGAUCCUGGGGUGACAGCCAGCCAUCAAGAAUGAUGUAGGGGGCAGCUGCCUUUUUCCAACAUGGCUUGGUGAUCCCCUGGGUGAAACUUAGGAGAUUCUGUUUGAUCAUGAGGAUGGAACCUUGCAAACAGGUUUGCAGACCUCUGCUGCAUGCUGAAAGCAGCACAUGCUGAAACACACGUCCCAAAAGCUUGUUUUUCUCCUCCAAAAGUGAGCACUAUCCUUCUGGGUGCUGCUCCAUCCUAUGGGAGCUUGUUCUUGGCAAAGCUGCUCCCUGGCUCUGGAGCUGUCUUAAGCUGUUGCUGGGCUUGCAACUGAUUAGAGAAUCCUGUUCUUGUCUGCCUGGAGCUGGUGGUUACGGCUGACAAUGGGUGACUGCAGGCAGGGCUGUGUGACUUGGCGUGUCCUCUGGCUGAGAGCCAGUGGGAUGGGCCAGAAAUGCUGAACGCUCCUUUGGGCGGGCUGUUCUGCAUCUCGGAAGAGGAAGAAGGAAAAAAAAGAGAAGGACAGAUAUAGACCUCCAUUUUGCAAGCUUCUCCUCCCCUCUUUCACUUUCCAGAGCUUGCAGGUGAAGACCGUGAAGCCAAUAUCUCACCUAGUGCAUUCCAUGAGCCAGACCUGGAGCACCCCUCGUGAUGAAGACACUGAGUGUUGCACUUAACCUGUCCUUCACUGAGAUCCCUGGAUCUUUGAUGUUUGUUUGAUGAGGAACACCAGGGUACAGAAUCCUCCCUGUGACCGUCAUGGAGCCCAGAGCCCACAGUCAGCAGGAAGCAUCUACCAUCUCUAGCAUGCAGAGAGCAGAAAACAUUGCCUCUGAGUUAAAUGAUGCUUUGCGAUAUGGCCAGAGGGAAAAGGUACUGGAGCUGCUGGAGAAUGGGGCAGAUGUCAACUCUAAAGUAGAAUUUGGAUGGACACCGCUUCACAGUGCUGUGCAAUCUGGUGACAAGGAGAUGGUCCAACUUUUGCUGGCCAAAGGUGCGUGUCCACACGCCAGGAAGGAUAACGGUGGCACUGUGUUUAUUGAGGCAGCGAUGGUGGGAAACGUGGAAAUACUGGAGCUGCUUUUUGGUUGUGGGUUUAACAUUAAUGACAGUGACGAUAAUGGAUUCACCGCUUUUAUGGAAGCUGCUUGGUAUGGGAAGGAGGAAGCCUUGAGGUUCCUGCACAGCAAAGGAGCAGAUGUGAAUUUGGGGAGGACAGCUAGUGAGGAGAAGAAGAAACUGAGCAAAGGAGGGAAGACUGCACUAAUGGAUGCGUGUUUGGGAGGCUACUUCUCAGUAGUAAAAACUCUUAUCCAGGAGAUGGGGGCUGACGUGAACAUUUGUGACAAUGAAGGUAGGAAUGCCUUGAUCCAUGCCCUCAAGGAUAAUGCAAGGGGAAAAAAUGAGUCAGAUGUCUUUGAAAUAGGCCGUUUCCUGCUGGACUGUGGUGUUGAUGUCAACUGCAAAGAUGAAGCUGGCAAAACUGCCCUCAUUCUAGCUGUGCAAAGGAAGAAUACAAGUUUGGUGAAAGCUCUGUUGGACAGGGAUGACAUAAAAGUUGAUGAAGCGGGUGAGGAUGGCCAAACAGCUCUGACGGUGGCUGUAGAGAAAAACACAUAUGAUAUAGCAGAGAUGCUGUGUAGAAAAGGUGCAAGGACUGACAUUGGGAAACUUAUUGCUGUUGCAAAUAGGAACCGUGCUAGUGAAAUGGCAUGCCUUCUUCUGAAGUAUAACACCACGUUUGUUCCAACAAAACCUGACUACUUGGAGCCAAAGAGCAAACGCUGGAGGCAACAGCUGCAAAGUCUUCAUAAAAUGUAUCGCCCCAUGAUUGGCAAAUUAAAAGUAUUUCAGCACGCCUCUCAGAGAAUUCAGGAUAACAUCUACCUUGGGCUCUAUGAUGGGAUGGAGGUGGCGGUAUGGAUACACCACCGUGCAGAAGGUGGCAAAGAGAAAACGUUCCUUGGCCAAUGUGGAAGCUGUGAACAUCUACUGAAGCUCUUCCAGUCUGAGCAAGAAAAGGGCUGCGUGUAUUUGUGCUUUCCUCUCUGGGAGAAAAACCUUGAAGAACAUCUGCAGGACCCGGAAGACCAAAAGGAUUACAAAGGCAUCCUGAAGAUGAUCUUCCAGGCAGUGAGAGAGCUGCACUCACUCGGGUUUGCUCACCAGUCUCUGCAUCCCAAGGAUUUCUUGAUAGACUUAGGUGGCAAAAUUUACUUGGCGGAUUUUGAUAGCAGCAGAAAGCUGACUGAAGGCAAAACAGAAGUUAUCAACAAAGACUUAGAGAACCUCAGCAAGCUCAUGCUGUAUGUUUUAACAAGGGGUAGGAAACCCCUUAAUGAAGUCAGUACCAAGGAUAUGGAUGCGGGUUCCAUGGAUUAUGAGGAGGCUUUGGACCUUAUUGUUAGCCUGGCCUCUCAUGAUGAGCGGGGCUUGGAAGGUCUGAGCGAGCACCCCUAUUUCUGGAGCAAACAGAAGAAGUUCAACUUCCUAAAGAAUAUAUGGAAUAAAAUCAAGGAUCUGACUGGUGAUGAUAAAGAGGAUGCUUUUAACACUCUCAAUGCUGGAAAACCUAUUCUUUACCCAAACUGGACUAAACAGAUUGAUCAAAAGAUUCUGCGCAUCAUGACGACUCCCAGGGAUGGAAAAAAAUUCUUCUACAAUAAAAGCAUUGCACACCUACUGAGAUUCAUCAGAAAUCUGGAUGAGCACCCUGAUAAGAGGAUCAGUGAAAUAGCAGGAGACUAUGCUGAGUAUUUCCUGAAACGUUUUCCAAAACUGACCAUUUAUGCCUACAACCGUUUACGCCAGCAUCCCAGGUACAGUCACUUCAUAGACAUUCAGGACCCUUCUUCAUAGGAGGCCGUUGCUUCGCAUCCCAUGGAUGAUCCCACUUUCUCUGCCUCCUUCAGCUGCAUAAGAGUUGAAGAAAAUGGUAAGGAGAUGAGAGCACAGGCAGGGGCAGAGCACAGAGGACUUGGUCUGAGAAAAUGGAAUAAUGUUCAGAAGAUGUGUCUGGUAUAGGAACCAUAGGCUUGGGAGAGGAGCCAAGCUGACUGUUAGCUCAGUGACUUCCCUAUCCCUCUGGGCUUGACUACCCCUUGGAGAUGGAGACCUUGUGGCAUCUUCAUUGUCCCAAGGGUUGCUUGUUUCUCUGUUAACAGCUUUCAGGAGGUGGCACAAUGUUUACACAGUGCUUAUGGAAUAUCUUCUAGCUGCUGAAAAGAUUUUGAAUGCUAUGAAAUACCUAUUGGUGUUUUGUUAGCCUAUACAGAGCCAAACUGGGAAUAAACUUCUUUGGAAAACUGACAUUUCCUAUGCUCUUCUGUAAAUGAGGUACCCCACUCCUCCCUGAGAGAGGAAAGCAUUCUAAAGCUGUGCUGGGCACUGAAGGCUUCCUCUCCUUGGGUGCGUAACAUCUCUUGGGAGAUGGGCUGUAUGGAGAACUAAUUGUUGCUUUGCUUUCAUGGGCUGAGGAUUUCAUGGCUGAGUUGAUGUGUAAAGAUGAAUCAGUGCUUGCGUGCUCUUGUGUACAUGCAAAAUUCAGAGUGGGUGUGUUUGACCCAUCUCCUCUCCAAGGGAGUGACUGUCAGAAUGCAUCACUGAGCCCCGUGCAUCUGCUUAGCUGUGUGUGCUGAUAUCUUUUCGUGUUUGCAAACCAGCAGGCAGUGCCGUGCGUGAGCCUGAUUGCCACACAUCUUGGUGUGUGUGCACGAGAAAUCCAGGCACAUCUGUUAUUUUGAGCCUGGCUGUGAGCUGCCUUCUGCAGUGCAAACAAAGUCAGAUUUCUGCACCUUCCCAACUCGUAUUAUGCAGUGUGCUCAUGCAAUGGCUCUGCUCGCUUGCCAGUGCAGUGCUUGCACUGUGUUAGUGCCUGAGCUGCUGCUCUGGGCACUGAUGCAUGCAUGGCUCACCAUGUAUGCAUGCUGUGACUUAAGGGCUGAUGCAGUGCAGCUAGCUUUUGGGGCUGGAAGCCUGGAGUAAACCCAGCUUGCAGCACAAGAGCAGUGUUGAGGAGCUGGUUGGACAUGCAGCUGGCUGUAAGAAGCUGCUGCAGCUCCUGAGAAGUCUUUCAUUUACGAGAACAUUGGACUUUGGGUUUGUUUGAUCCUGCCAAGUGUUGUUAAUCCUAAUGGACAAAUAGGAAACGUCAUCUCCUGCCUUAAAUACACCUGUGCUGUUGCCAGGCUGCGGGUUCUAGGAUUUGAGGGUUAAAAUGUAGCUGAAAAUAGCUGUGAAGGUACACAAUGGAGUUUGCACGGGAGGCAGCUGUGAGCAGCAAUGUGUGCUAAAGGUUUUGCUCUUUGCUUCAUGAAGUGAUGUCCAAAGUACACCGGAUUUCUGCAGCUUCCUGGUGGCUCAGCACAGCCAUACUUCCUCACCUU